AGGUUAUAAAAACCGAACCGUUUGGAUUCCCACUUUCCUAUGAAAUCCAGAGACGGAGAGUGAGAGACCGCGAACGAGCAAAUUGCUCAAAGCAGGGACCGAAGACAUGAGUUUUCUCGCGGGAAGGUUAGCGGGAAAAGAAGGCGCCUACUUUUUCCAGGAAUCCAAACACGCCGUCAAUCGUCUCGUCGAGAAAUCCCCCGCCGCCACCACCACCACCAAACCAACCGCCGCAACCCUAGCCCCGCCGCCUUCCGUUCCCCAAUCGGACGUGCUUCCGGAAGUUCUGAGGCAUUCACUCCCGUCCGGAAUCUUCGGUAAGCCGUCGGAUUCCUCCACCCUCUCCAACGGGUCCAAGUGGGUUCUCCCCUCCGACCAGAAAAACGGGUCGGGUGUCUCGCCGGACAAACUCAAUCCCCUCCGGGCUUAUGUUUCUCUGCCUCAGGUCACUUUUGGUCCCAAAAGGUGGGAAUUGCCGUAUCAGGAGCAUUCGAUGACGGCGUCGACGGCGAACGAGCUGAGAAAAGACAAGUAUACCCCUAUGAAUCCUGAGAAGUUGAAGGCUGCUGCUGAGGGUCUUGCUAACAUUGGGAAGGCAUUUGCAGUAGCUACUGCCCUUGUGUUUGGUGGUUCUGCUGUGCUGUUUGGUUUAGCAGUGUCCAAGCUGGAGCUUCAGAAUGGUGAUGAUAUCCGUAUCAAAGGGAAAGACAUGGUUCAGCCCAAGUUCGAUGUAAUCAGGGAGCAAUUGAUGCCAUUCAAAGCCUGGGCUGAAGAGAAAUCAAAGAAGUGGCAGCUAGAUCGACAUGAAGAAAUCAAGGAGAAGCCAAUGAUCACAGCGCUUUCCAAGAUCCUCGGAGCAACAAAGUCACCUUGAUGAUUCAUAUGCCCAACCACAAUCGGUCUUUGUUUCAAUUAUGUUCUUGUGCAUAGUCCUUGAUGUUGUACUUUCAGUUAUUAUGAAAAAAGCUGUAAGAUGAGAUAAAUAUCUAUAACCAUUCUGAGAAGUAAUUUUAUCUGUAAAAAGGAACAGAAUGGUGGAGGGAUCGAUUAGUCAACCGUCUGAAUGAGUUGCAAGUAGAAAAAGAUAGCUUAAUGUUGUUUAUACUGGUUCUGUAAUACAUACAUACUUCACUUGUUUAAUGCUUUCUGGUUCUUCCCUUCUCUGAACAUUUCUAUUGUCUUGAAGCUUGU